CGCUGUGCUGCAUUGUGUGCACCGAGGAGCUGCUGCUGUUACAUGUGGGCACCGGGGCCGGGGGCUGCUGGCCGUUGUGAUUAGCGGGGAGGGGGCAGCACAUUGUUGUGUUUGGGGUGGGGGAAGGAUAUUACAUCUGGUCACCCUCCUCCUCCUCCCUCUCUCUCUGUGGCUUGCUGCAGGCUUGUGUGUGUGUGUGUGAUCUCGCUAUGUCGGAUGACGAUUCCAGGGCCAGCACCAGCUCCUCUUCGUCCACCGCCUCCAGCCAGCAGAUAGACCGGGAGCCGGGCAGCCAGCAGCAGCAGCACCACAGCAGCGCCAACCCCAAGAAGAAGGAGAGCAAAGUCAGCAUGAGCAAGAACUCCAAACUCCUGUCCACCAGCGCCAAGAGGAUUCAAAAGGAGCUGGCAGAUAUCACUCUGGACCCUCCUCCCAACUGCAGCGCUGGUCCAAAAGGAGACAAUAUCUACGAAUGGAGAUCAACUAUCCUGGGUCCUCCUGGCUCGGUCUAUGAAGGGGGUGUAUUUUUCCUUGACAUCACAUUCACUCCUGAAUACCCUUUUAAACCUCCAAAGGUGACAUUUCGGACAAGAAUCUACCACUGCAACAUUAACAGCCAAGGUGUCAUCUGCCUUGAUAUCUUGAAAGACAACUGGAGCCCGGCACUGACCAUUUCUAAAGUUCUCCUCUCCAUCUGCUCCCUGCUCACAGACUGUAACCCUGCUGAUCCUCUUGUUGGAAGUAUCGCCACUCAGUACAUGACCAACAGAGCAGAGCAUGACAGGAUGGCCAGACAGUGGACCAAGAGAUACGCUACAUAGAUCCUGUGACGCACCGCUUAGUCUGUGAUGGCGAGAGCUGCUUGUUAACUGGGCAAUGGAGGGUGGGAAUCUGCAAAGAAUAGGUUAUUUCUAUAACAGAUUUUAUUCAGUCUUUUAUUUCCAGAGAAUUUUGUUAUUGUAACUUAAGGUAUCUUUCUGCAGUAAUUGACUGGAGCAAGUCAAACACACACAAGACAGACAUGAACCUGUAAUGUUAGCUUUUAUGAUGAUUACAAAGAACGGAAAGUUGUUUCCCCCCCAUUUUUGUUCCAUGACAUGUAAGCGAUCGAAGCAAUUUAAUUUUGUACAGUUACACUGCAUAGGCCGACGUCACAUCUGUGCUGGAGCUCCAUUCAGGUCACAGAAUCCUUUUUAUUAGCAGGAUCCGAGCAAAUAGAAAAAUGCCUCAAGCUGUAUUUUCUUGUCAGAUCCUGCUAAAUAAAUGGAAACCAAACAAACCCCAUUAAAGUGACUGGUAUCCUUUUGUGCAACGGACUGUCUGACUCCGUACGGGCCUCCGACGCAGAUGUGAACUCGGCCUUAUACAGUAAAGGUCUGUGUUAAGUUUUGUUGAGGGACUGAAUGAGUAAUUUGUGUAUGAAAGAUGAGCGGUGGUGUGUGUGAAUGUACAACAUAACCAAGUCUCCACCACGAAGGCCUGCGACUGGCUGGAAUCUGAGGAACUGGUUAUAUCUGUAUUCUGAAAACAUUUUACACUUUAUAUCAUUUUCUUUUUUGUAUAUCAGUAAAUUCAGCUGAGAGACUUUAACAGAAUCUGUAGUGAAAUACCUUAAGCUGUUUAAACGUAAAAGUGAAUAAGAAUUACUCUGUGGAUUGGUUAUAUGUUGUAGGCUAAAGAAGUCUGCAUUUGUUACUGUGCUAAUAAAAGUGGAAAAAGUAAACAGAA